GUCAUUCUCAAAAACACUUCUAAAAAAGGUUAUUAAGUGAAUUUUUCUUCCAAAACUAAAAGUUAACUUCUUUAUUUACAAGCGUAUACAAGGAAAAAUAUGGCGCUACCACGUGCACAGCCAGCAGAAGUAUUACGAGCUUGGCAAAAGGAUGAUUUUUAUGAGAAACAACUCGCCGGAUCAUUGGGACGAAUAAUGCCUUCUCAGCAUGCACCAAGAGCUGUUCCGAUAGCUUCCCUUCUUUAUAAAUCUUGUACAACUCUCAAAGAUCUCCAAACACUAGGCGAGGAAUACUCAGGAAUAGUUCAAGUUGACGAAACCUAUCACAAAUUACCAACAUUCAGCAAUCGUUUGCUUAGCAUCCUAUUAUCAGCAUUCGGUGAAAAUAUAACUCGAAGAUUACUGCGACAUAUUGAAAAGAACGUAGAACUCACCGCAACUUUAAGACCAGGAAUACAAAACAGUAUUUUAAUUGUUAUCAAAACAUUAAGUGAGAUAGUUCCUCAAAUUGAAAGUGUACACAGAGCACUAUCGUAUAUUCAUGGUGGACCUUUACAGAUUGGAAAAUUAGUAACUGGGAUUGAUUAUGUACAUGUUAGGCCUGCAGCAGCAGCAUAUUAUGCUCAUUUAAGGUUGCUAGGAUUAGUUACAUUGUUGCAUGCAUUUAUUUCAAGCGGGAAAUGUUUGUAUGAUGCUAAAAAGAACAUGGAACAAUUAUCAAACUUUGCUAAUGAGGUAGACAGUAACACGACAUGUGUGGCAUGUUUGGAAGAGAUACUGCAGCCUUGUGUAUUGCAUUGUGGACAUGUGUUCUGUUUGCAAUGUUGUUAUGGGCCUUUGGAAAGUUGUCCCUUGUGCCGCUCACCUUUUACCAAGAAUACAGUUGUACCACUUAUGAAUUAUUACCCUGGAGAACUAUAGUAUAAUAAUAAAACUUACUAAUAUUAUGAAUGCAAAAGUUUAGAUGGAUGGUUUGUUAGAAGGUAUGUCCAGAACAGUUUAACAGAUCUUUGUGUAAUUUGGCAUAGAUGUAGAAAACAAUUUGGUAAAUCACAUAGUAUACUAAUUAAGCGUUUUUUUUAAAUCCGCCCACACCAAGUCUUAGGUAUAAACAAUGAGAAAUUGGAAGAUAAUAUUUUACACAAUUUCGAAGAUAUGCCAUUCCAAAAUUAAUUAUUACUCUAUGUUUUUCCCUGACUAUGCCAUCUUUACCAAAUUUAAUUGAAAACCUAUGAGUCAUUCUAGAGAAAUCUUCUAAAAAACACCCACCUAUCUAAACUUUCGCAUUUAUAAUAUUAAAGUGACAUAAGAUUGGAUGACAUUUUCAUAUUAAA